AUGAAUUUUAGCAAGCCUACUCUUAUUAGCCUUCUGGCUUUCGCAGCACUAUCUUGCGGCGUCCAGGCAGCCGAACUGGGCGAGAAAGGCUUUGUAUGCGGCACCAAGUAUACCAAGGGAGAAGAGGCUGUUGGCCGUUUGCGCCGCGAGUUUGCUCCUACUGCAGAGGUCUUCCGCCGCAAUGGCGUCCCGGUUGAGAUCGCCCCCAUUAGCGUCGACGUUUAUGUGCACGUCGUUUCUACUCCAGGUAUUAAGCCUGCUAAAGGCCCUGUUGUAGGGAUUGACUCUAUUGAUGAUACAGUUGUUCGCAACCAGGUGGCAGUGCUUAACGAUAGCUUCAAGCCUGCAAACAUAUCCUUCACUUUCAAGGAGACUGAUAAGACAUCCUACGAUAACUGGGACUUUGCGAACUUUGCCACACACGAGUUAAAUUUAAAGAAGAAGCUCCACAAGGGUAGUAAGACGGCUCUUAACCUCUAUAUUAUACAGUAUUUGGGCGAGAAUAAAGGAGGUAUGUGCAACGCUCCCUGGGGUCUAAACCAGACUGAUGGACUGGUCUUGGACGGAUGUUUCAUCGAUAGCCGAACGGUUCCUGGCGGUCCAAUGGCUACCAAUAACCAAGGCAAGAUUGCCGUCCACGAGGUCGGCCAUUGGCUUGGCUUACUUCACACUUUUCAGGGCGGAUGCGAUGGCGAUGGCGAUCAAGUUGACGACACACCUGCUCAUACAUCUCGCUUUAUUGGCUGCACUGCUGAGGGCUUAGACACUUGCCCCCAGCCGGGCAUAGAUCCCGUUCAUAACUAUAUGGCCUAUAAUGGCGACGAAUGCAGUACGGAAUUCACCAAGGGCCAGAUCGAUCGUAUGCAUAGCAUGUGGCAAACGUACCGCUUGUAG